CGCCGGCGCAGUCUGACAGCCGGGUCCUUCUUCUCGCCGCAGCAGCACGUCGCGUCUGGAACCUUCUGAGCGGCACCGGGCGGAUCCACCCGAAGAUCUGCGUCCAUCCGAACCCGAAACGCGGCAUCUCAGCGCCGCGCACCCACCGGUCCCGUCCUAAAGUCUCCCGUGAACAUUUCCCACCGAUUAUUAGAGUCGCGAUGCCCGAAAUGAUGGCGGCCCAGAGAGCCUCGCGGGGAGGCAAAAACAAAGGAGGGGCGUACGUGGACCGCGACAAGCCGGCCCAGAUUCGGUUCAGUAACAUCUCCGCCGCUAAAGCUGUCGCAGACGCCAUCAGAACCAGCCUGGGACCCAAAGGCAUGGACAAGAUGAUCCAGGACGAGAAAGGCGACGUGACCAUCACCAAUGACGGGGCCACCAUCUUGAAGCAGAUGCAGGUGCUCCACCCUGCAGCCAAAAUGCUGGUGGAACUGUCCAAAGCCCAGGACAUCGAGGCCGGUGACGGCACCACCUCCGUGGUGGUGAUUGCUGGAGCGCUGCUGGAUGCCUGCUGCAAACUGCUCAUGAAAGGCAUCCACCCCACCACCAUCUCGGAGUCCUUCCAGAAGGCGGUGGAGAAGGGCGUGGAGGUGCUGACGGGCAUGAGCCGCCCGGUGCAGCUGAGCGACCGCGAGACGCUGCUCAACAGUGCCACCACGUCGCUGUGCUCCAAGGUGGUGUCGCAGUACUCCAGCCUGCUGGCGCCAAUGAGCGUGGACGCCGUCAUGCGCGUCAUCGACCCGGCCACCGCCACCAGCGUCGACCUGCAGGACAUCAAGAUCAUCAAGAAGCUCGGAGGCACCAUUGACGACUGUGAGAUGGUGGAAGGCCUAGUGCUGAACCAGAGGGUUGCCAACAGCAGUGUGACCCGCAUCGAGAAGGCGAAGAUCGGCCUCAUCCAGUUCUGCCUGUCUCCUCCCAAAACUGACAUGGACAACCAGAUCGUGGUCUCGGACUACGCCCAGAUGGACCGCGUGCUGCGGGAGGAACGUGCCUACAUCCUCAACCUGGUGAAGCAGGUGAAGAAGGCCGGCUGCAACGUGCUGCUCAUCCAGAAGUCCAUCCUCAGGGACGCUCUGAGCGACCUCGCCCUGCACUUCCUCAACAAGAUGAAGAUCAUGGUGGUGAAGGACAUCGAGAGGGAGGACAUUGAGUUCAUAUGCAAGACCAUCGGCACCAAGCCCAUCGCCCACAUCGACCACUUCACCCCCGAGAUGCUCGGCUCGGCGGAGCUGGCAGAGGAGGUCAGCCUGGACGGUUCCGGAAAACUGAUCAAGAUCACUGGCUGCAGCAGCCCCGGGAAGACAGUGAGCAUCGUGGUGCGCGGCUCCAACAAGCUGGUGAUCGAGGAGGCCGAGCGUUCGAUCCACGACGCGCUGUGCGUCAUCCGCUGCCUGGUCAAGAAGAGGGCUCUGAUCGCCGGCGGCGGCGCUCCGGAGAUCGAGCUGGCCGUGCGUCUGGCCGAGUACUCACGCACCCUGGCCGGCAUGGAGGCGUACUGCAUGCGGGCGUACGCCGACGCCAUGGAGGUGAUCCCCUCCACGCUGGCCGAGAACGCCGGCCUGAACCCCAUCUCCACGGUGACAGAACUGCGCAACAGGCACGCCCAGGGCGACAAGAUGGCUGGCAUCAACGUGCGCAAGGGCGGCAUCUCCAACAUCCUGGAGGAGCUGGUGGUGCAGCCUCUGCUGGUGUCCGUCAGCGCCCUGACCUUGGCCACGGAGACGGUCCGCAGCAUCCUGAAGAUCGACGACGUGGUGAACACCCGAUAAGAAGAUCCGAGUUCUGUCCCGUGAGUUCUGUCACUCAGCCUGCGCGUACCACCGCGAGGGACCAGAGGAACUCUGUCGACGCCCAGUCUGUUCAGAUCUCCACUGUAGUUGUUACGUUGCGUAAUUUAAUAAAAAGGCUCGUUUUUUUUUGUUGACACCUGA